AUGCAGACCCUCACCCAUUUAGAGAUUUUUACACAGCUGCAGCUCGGCAUCCACCCAUCCCUGAGUACGCAGCGCCUCUUCAUUCAGCAGCAUUUUGAAGAGGAAAUGGAUCGCCGCGGCAUCACAGAGGCGAAACUGCUAGCGAUGGACGGGCGUCUUUGCACGCGUCUUCUUCGGCAGCUCCUGUUUGAGCGGUACCUUUCUGUUCCCUUCCGCCUUUUCACAUUCGAUUUGGAGUUUACAGGCCCACCUGUCUUUGGGCCGGAGGGCCCGACAGAAGACAUCAUUGAGUUCGGCUUCUACUCCCCUGCCCACGACAAGGUGUUUUCGUGCCUGGUGCAGCCCAGCAGCGGGCGCCGCAUAUUGCCGGAGGUGACGACCUUGACACACAUCACACAGGACAUGCUGGAGAAGAAGGGUCUGCCGUUUCCAGAGGCAUGGUCAAAGGUGAUGGAGUUUCUCAUGACGCCAGAGCCGCAGGAGCUCCCUGAUGCGGGGCAGCGGCUUCUUGUACUGAGCCACGGCGGGAAAUUGGCGGAUGUUUCCCUCAUAAAGUGGACGCUGGAGUCGCAUGGCUUGACGUUGCCAUCCACACUGGUCUUCGGUGACACCUUCCACCUGAUCCGUGAUGCCCACCGUCGCCGUCCAGUGACACUGGACAAACACCCGCCUUCGUGGGGAUUGGCGGAUCUCGUGCAGUGGCUGAAGAUACCACCAACACUACCCGCACACCGUGCCGGCAACGAUGCAAAAAUGACGUGGGAUGCGCUGUACCACACGCUGGAGCGCUACGGUGAUGAGGACCUCACCCCACGUGAGCAGCUCGUUUCACGCUUCUUUGACGUUGAGGCGAAAGAGGCAAUGAAACGGGAUGAGCACGGGCAUCAAGCUGGCGCUGACGGCACACUGGUAGCGGACGGCGACGUCGCGGAGGCAUCCAUGAGUGCGUCGCUGGACCUCGAUUUUGACGAGAUCUUCACUCAGGAGAAGCGGAAAAAAACCGCCUCUGACGACUCUUCUUCACGGGCUGUGAAGGCACUGUCUGAGGACACAUUGAAUGAGGAUGAAAGGAACGACAGACUUCGCGCGCAUGGGGUGGAGGAACACGCCCCAGUGGCUGAGUUUGUGAUUUGA